AUGGGUCUCUAUAAUCAUCCGCUCGAUGUCAGCGUCGUGCUUCCUCUCGAGACGACGACUCGCAGCGUGCUGACUCUGCAGACUAAGAUCCAAAUCAGCAACUGCUCGAGCACGGCGCUUGGGCUCCCAAACCUGAACCGGAUCAUCCAUCCUUUUACACUUUGGAGGAGUACUGAAAAAGUAAAGCCGGAUGCACGUCUUCCUGAUCGAAGGUGGACAAGGUGGAAGCGGGAGAAAAAGAAAACAAGCUGGUCAUGCUGGACAUAUCGAACACCCGCUUGGCAGGGGCAGGGGGCCAUGCGUCGGGCAGCAUGGGGGAGCAACCGAUGUACAUGUUCAGGCGAAGAGCGAGCAAAGAAGCAAAUAAAGGAACAGGGCGGUAGAAACUCCACUGCAGGAACCAGGAACGGCGUUGGUGUUGGCCAUGGCCACGAGUAUAUGGAGGAUGCGAUGCUAGCGACUAUUUACGGUGAAGACACGAUGGACGAACAGGAGAUCGAAGUGUUCGACUCCCUCCCACCAGCCCUCCGACGAAAGGUUAGCCUCUACAUCUCCUCUCUCACAUCUUCUCUCUCUUCUACGUCUUCUCUCUCUCAUCUUCUCUCUCAUCUCGUCUUCAUCUUCUCAUCUCAUCUCAUCGACAUCGCCAUCUCUCAUCUUCCUCUGCAUCUCCUCCGCAUCAUCCAGGCUAGGCGCUUGGCAGCUUAA